AUGACAGAAGAUAUUUCCAUAGAAGUUUUUAUAAAAGACGCAAAUAUUGUUGAGGAUGCGCUCGGAUCUUAUGAUCUAAAUGUAUUAUUUCAGCAAUUUCAACCCGUUUCUUUUGGCCUGAUGCUAAAUUUAUUCCAAGAAAAAAGAAUAUUGAGGAUACAAAUGGCCAAACCCAUACAACCUGGUCCAAAAUUAUUAGUCUUUCAAGCCGGAUUAUACACAUGUUCCCUAGAUAUUGAACAACAAAUUCAAAAUGCCCUCGAAUUCAGAGCAUAUCAAUCGCCCCUUUUAAAAUUAGUUCUUGUUUCACCACAAAAAUUACCAGGAGUUGAGUUAAAUUGCAAUUAUUUAAUAAAUUCUAUCAAUCAUAACCCAAGGUUACAGAUGCUUAAAGCAAAAUUAAAUAAUAUCCCUUCACACGAUCGAAUAAUUCCAAAAUUGGGGCCUACUUUGGCUCCAAUGAAUAUCAAUAAAAUCAAUUCCGGAAUGACACCACAGCUAAAUCCCUAUCCUCCGUUAUUACAUUCUCCAGUAACUAAAAAUUCUCCGCCAAUACACGAAAAUAAAUUCAACAGAUUUGAUUCAAAAAAGAAAAUACAAGGUAAAUUGAUAGAUUGGAAUGAACAAUCAGUACGUGAAGGAGCUCAAUGGAAAAGAGGUAAUGGGCCAAUCUGUUCACUUUAUAAAAAAGGAUACGUUUUUGAACCAGAAAUUACUCCUGUAAAAGUUAACCAUGACCUCAAUAGAACACUCCAACCAAUGAAACCUCCAUCUAUUAAGAAUAGAGAUCAAAAACACAUUACUUUUGUUUUAUCAGAUAGUUCUGAUUCUCCUGAUAAACAAGAAAAUAGCCUAAGCUGGUAUGAAAAUUCUACAUCCAAGAACUUCGAGUCACCUAUGAAGAAAAAUACAUCUGUUUCUGAGGCUGAAAAUACAAAUGAUCAGCAACUUUCCAACUCAUUAACGAAAUCUAGUGACUCCAUACAAAGCAAUAUUAGCUUAGAAAGAGAUACCUCUAAAGUUUUAGGAUUUUCAGAUUCAGAUGAUGAUUAUUUUUGA